AUGAAGCAAGAGGAUUGUGAUGGAUUUGUAUUACAUAAAAUCAUAUAUGAUGCAUUUAAUAAAAAUGCAGUAUAUUAUUUUGAAACAGAAUUUCGAAAUCUUGUAAAAUUUAUUCUAGAUUGUUCGUUGAAUUGUUGGAUAAACCAAUUCGGAAUUGUGGUGAUUUUAAAUGUAGACCCCAGAGAAAUGAGAAUGGUCCCUUUAACAGGAUUUAUAAAAAGCAUUCGCAAUAUUUGUGAUAUUCAUACAAUAGAUAUUAUCGUGAUAAGAGAAGUUACUGAAUCAAAUUUAGCUUAUACCAAACGUGAACUUCGAGAGGCCAGGGCUACAUUGUUAUUGGCUCGUAGAGAAACGAUGAAGGAUGCUUUUAUUUUACUUAUGGACCAUUUGUAUGAAUAUUAUAGCAGAUCAGGAAAAGGAGUAAUCAAAUUUUAUAAUAGGGACGAACUUUAUUAUGAGUUUACUAAUUUUUAUAAUCCAAUAAAGAAAAUAUCGAUAGAUGGUGCAGAUUGGCCAACUACUGAACAUUAUUUUCAAUCAUCAAAAUUUGAAAAUCCAACAAUUCGUAAAAAAAUUCAAUAUGCAAAAUCAGCAAGAGAAGCAUUUUCAAUUGCUAGAUCAUAUGAUAAAGAGAAAAGAGCAAAUUGGGAAUCGGUGGUGUCAGAAGACAGGAAGAUAUUCAAAGAGUUAAUUAUGAAAAAAGCAUUAAAGUGUAAAUUUUCACAAUUUCACUAUUUACGAUUUAAAUUACUUUCUACGUGUGGUGCUGAGAUAAUAGAACAUACGUCGAAUGAUAGGUAUUGGGGAGAUGGUGGGAAUGGUGAGGGAUUAAAUAGAUUAGGUCAACUAUUAAAAGAAGUCAGGUCAGAGAUUUUUCAAGUUGAGCGUGACAGAUUAAUUAAUGAAAACAAUGGAUUUAGAUGUCGGGAUCAAAGAUGGCUUGUGCAUGGAUUACAGUAUUUAAAUAACUUGAACUUUGACAGUGAUAAGAACAAUGUUAAUUAUAAUUGA